UAAGUGAUGCGCUGAGAUAUCGAGGUUGAGAUACUGGUUAGAACCAUGGACCGUGUGUUGAGCUGGGAGGAACUAUCAAGCGGUUCCCCAGCUUCUGGUAGGAUUGAAAGUUACCAUUAUUCAAUAUUGAUUGAGUCUCAAGAAGCCAAGACAGCAGACUCUCGAAAUUGCACACAUCUCACACUCACUCAUCAUGCCGCAUCUCUCUGGUGCUUCUCACAAAAGUCAGCAGCAUGACACCAAAAGCAUACUAUCCUUCUAAAAUAGUCCAGACGAAAGUCAUUCUCUCCCCACAAAAAGGAUACACCCCAAAAUUCUAUCAUAACCAAAAACACCAAAAGAUUAAUCAGUCGGUACACACAACUUGAAUUAAACCAAACCAGACGAGCUGGUCCAUGAAGGGACAAAGUCUUCGGACGUGAAGCAGAGGUCCCGUUUGAGGGGAUGUGAAAGACCCAAUGUGUUUUUACCACUGAGCCAUCUGGACAUUGCACUUUGUUGAAGGUGAGUGCAGUUCUUUGAUCUAUACAGAUGAAUGCAUGGGCGCCGUAAUGGGUUGAGAAGAUGAGCAGGACAUGGUUGAGGAUCAUUUGCUGUUGGGUCUCCUCACAUGAUUCGAAAUAUGAAGUGAAUGAUUGUCAAGUGACAGUUGAAUCUUUCGAUAUCAAUGCGUCACAGGAAGCCCACAGCAAUCUCCCCAAGAUGAAGAUCAUUCACUUCAUGUAUUACUCCGCAUCUACAAAACUCAAGUGAAUACCACCAUCCAAUCCAAUCUCACGAUCUUCCAAUGGCUGUACCGAACAAACGAGGCUGGUUUCUAUUUAAACCACACCACAAAGCUCUUCUCAGAGAUUCUUCCACCUCUAUCUCGAACUCGAGAAGUUCAAUAAAGUCUUCAUACAUACAUACCAUCACAUCAGUCUUUGUCAAGCAACCUCUCAAAUACAAAAAGAUAUCCACCACCACACCAAGACCCCAUCUCAAAAAUGUCAACCACCCUCUACCCACCCGUUUCCGCCCCCUCAACCGACCAACAAUUUCUCGUCUCCGCCAGCGUCCGCGUCCUCGAAUCCCAAUACCACACUAUCGACUUCUCACCCGAAUUUCUCUCUAUCUACGGUCGACCCACCCUCGUCUACCGUCCAUGGGCACGUCUCUGGUCGAUCCCCUGCACAGAAAUUCUCGAAGCCAUCACACCACGCUAUCCCUCUCACACCGCUGUAUUCCUCAAAUUCGCGGCGUAUAAAGAUCGGUACAUAGAGUUUUGCUUGGAGGUGGAUAAUUAUUAUGGAUGGUUGGGGAUGAGUAAAAAUAGGAAAGGAAAGGGAAAGGGGGAUGGAAAGGAGGGAGAGGAUAGUGGGAAAGAGAGCGCGAGGGUUAUUGGGAGAGCCGAGAUGGAGGGCGCGUGGUGUAAGCUUUUGAUAGGCAUGUUUGAUGAGAUGAGAUCGAAGAGGGAUGUGAUGAGAAAUUUUGUGGGCUUGAGAAGUAUGCUUGGUGAGGAUAGAAUUCUUAUGACGAUUAAGGAGGUAGAAGCAGAUAUGAAGGAAGUGUUGAGAAACGCGGUGAAACAGCGAUUCAGCAAAGAAGCCGAGGAAUACUGGGUUAGAAAGUGGAAGAUUUACGGAUAUCGAUGCCCAGAAUUAGAUGUUGAGUGCAUAACCGACUGGUCCAUCGAAGCACCCUUUCAAAAAUCCCUCCUCAAACCCACCGACAUCAACAACAACGACUAUAUGGAGACCGACGAUGAAAUCUCCGACGAAAAAUACACCCCAAGUGGCAAAAACAUCGACUCGGGUGUCUCUCUCCACGAUUCCGAGUCUCCUCAAACACAGACGACUCAAGAACUUGCACCAAAUAUGAUUCAGGAGUCAGAGAUGGAACAGAUAAAAGAGGAACAUGUAGAGGAAGAGGGAGAGGGAGAAGAGAGACUAGAGAAAUCUGAUCCGGCGUUGAAUACAAAGCAGAAUUUGAAGCAGGAGAUGCGCGGUGAAGAUUCGGACACGAUGCAUGGACGAUUGGCGUUUAGGAGUUAGACCCUAAUUAGGAAUUGGAAAGCGGAGAGGAUAAUUUGUAGGAAAGGAAAUUAAAAAGGGCGUUAAAAUGGAUAUCAAAGGGCGUACUGGAGUUGAGU